CCCGGAACGGGUUCUCUUCACUCUGAUUGGCUGUUUUCACGCUAAGUGCUGAUGUGGUGUUCUGAAAUCAGCAGCACCGUCGACAGAUUCAGACAGAAUAGUAUUAUUAUAUUGUAUUGUAUUAGUACCCUCUGUGCUUUGUUACGAUAAUGCCUUACUAUCAGACCUGGGAGGAGUUCGCCCGCGCAGCAGAAAAACUGUAUCUGACAGACCCCAUGAAGGUCAGGGUGGUUCUGAAGUACAGACACUGCGACGGGAAUCUGUGCAUCAAAGUGACCGACAACGCCGUGUGUUUACAGUACAAGACAGACCAGGCCCAGGACGUGAAGAAGAUUGAGAAGCUCCACGGAAAACUGAUGAGACUCAUGGUGUCCAAGGAGACGCACAGUGGCUCCAUGGAGACAGACUAAAUACUGUAGAAGCACUGAGCUUCUGGAGCACUGGACCGAGUCCAGUGGACACAAAGGGCACAGUACCACCGCAGUGCAAAGUCUGAGAGACCUAUGCUGAUUUCAUACUGUCAGAGAUGUGAUAUUUAUACUGUAUAUAUUUUAUUCUCUCAGGAUGUUUUUAUGAUACUUUCUUCAUUAAAAAUCCUGCUUUUCCUUAUCAGGCAUUGUGAUCACAUCCCUGAUAGUUACUAUAAACUAAGGUCAGUGUAGGCUGCUGGGAAAUUUUAGGAAAUGUAGAGGGGGAAGAUGAGGGAGGUUGGGGUAGUGUGGGACAAAGUGUCAAAGUACAAAUCCGUUGCUGCAGAGUAGCUUUGGCACCUUGAUUUCUUUAGAGGAGCUUGCCUUUUCAGUUUUAAAGAGGAUGAAAAGGAUGUGCAAGGAAGACAUUGCAUGUCUCUACUAUUUACUAUCUACAGUAUGUUGCUAUGUUGGAUUCAAUGUCAUUACAGCGAUUAGUUUCUUUAAGUUUUUCCUCACAUACAUGAAUGAAGCAGGACCUUAUGAUUUCCUAUCAACAGCGUGGAGAAACCCCCCCACAUCUCAAGAUGCCAUUUUGUCUUCUGAGAAUCAUUGUGUUAGAUGUUCAAUAAAUGUUUAUUUACCGCA